UAUGGUAUGGUAGAGCUGACAAACCCUAGCUCUAAGCAAAGUGCAGCUCUAAUGGCUUUACUGGGCUACCCUGAAAUCCUCUUGGCAGUCAUUUUCUUUAUCAUUCUUGGUAGAUUCUGGAACAUAAAUGAUCUGCCAUGGAACUGGCCCCUUCUUGGAAUGUUUCCGAGCGUCUUCCUUCACCUCCACCGCAUCCACGAUAGGGUUACCGAUAUUCUAGAGAAAAGUGGGUGCACUUUUCUAGUCAAAGGACCUUGGUUCUGUAACAUGGAUCUUCUAGUCACCACUGAUCCUGCCAAUGUGCACUACAUUAUGAGCAGUCACUUCUCGAAUUUCCCAAAAGGGUCUGAGUUCAGCAAGAUUUUUGAUUUUUUGGGCGAUGGGAUUUUCAAUUCCGACGCCGAGUCAUGGCGUAAACAAAGAAAACUCGGUCAACUGAUGAUCAACAAUGUGCGGUUGUACCGGUUUCUUGGGAAAAUCACCCAGAAUAAAGUGGAGAAAGGGCUUCUUCCAAUACUUGAUUAUCUGUCGGAACAAGAAGACCGAGCGAUGGACUUGCAGGACGUGUUCCAAAGGCUUACUUUUGAUACCACAUGCAUGUUGGUGACCGGCUUCGACUCCAAAUGCCUCUCCAUUGAAUUACCUGAAGUUCCAUUUGCCACAGCCUUGGAAGAUGCUGAAGAAGCUAUACUUCAUCGUCAUGUCUUGCCUGAAACCCUUUGGAGACUACAAAGGUGGCUAGGGAUUGGAAAAGAGAAGAAACACCAAAAAGCUUGGGAAACCCUAGAUCAUACUAUAGCUGAAUAUAUAUCAAAGAAACGAGACGAAUUAAGUAAAGGAAUAAUCAACUUGCAAGAAGAGGAAGAUGGUGUCGAUCUGUUAACGUCGUAUAUGAGUGAAGAUAUCACCAUGGGGUUGAAAUGCGACCAUAAAUUUCUUAGAGACACCAUUCUAAAUUUCAUGAUCGCGGGACGGGACACUACCAGUUCAGCUCUCACCUGGUUUUUCUGGCUUGUUUCCAAGAACCCAUUAGUAGAAUCCAAGAUCAGAGAAGAACUCGAAUCAGCUAUACCCGAAAAAGAGGAUAAAAAAGGACGACACACAUUCAAGACAGAAGCGCUAAACAAGCUGGUUUAUCUGCAUGCCGCAUUGUGUGAAACAUUAAGGCUCUACCCACCUGUUCCAUUCCAACACAAGGCCCCUCUCCAACCGGACAUGCUCCCAAGUGGGCAUAGGGUUGAUCCAAAGAUGAAGAUAUUGUUUUCUUUGUAUGCAAUGGGCAGAAUGACUUCCAUAUGGGGUACAGACUGCUUAGAAUUCAAGCCAGAGAGGUGGAUUUCAGAGAGAGGAAGGAUCAAGCAUGAACCCUCAUACAAGUUCUUCGCAUUCAAUGCUGGUCCGAGGACUUGUCUAGGGAAGGAGGUAGCUUUCACUCAAAUGAAGGCAGUCGCGGCCACGAUAAUCCAUAACUACCAUGUUCAGGUGGUGGAAGGUCACCAUGUGGCCCCCAAUGUUUCCAUUAUUCUUUACAUGAAGCAUGGGUUAAUGGUUAGGGUUAGCAAGAGAUGGGGUUGAGAAAUUUUAACUUUUCCACGUAAAAAAUUGUUGUGUUGUUUGAUCUCUGUUGUAUGCAUGAAAAACCAUCUAGCUAUCCUGGUGCUUAAGUUUACGUUUAUUUCAAUCUCAAAGUGUAGUCACUUUAUAAAUUGAUCUGUCAUUGCUUCGCACUUUGUCUUUA